AUGGCGUCCGUCCCGGGAUACUCUGCAGCAGGCAGAGCCAGAUCAUUCGAUGGUACCACAUCCACCAACUCUGAUGAAAAUAUCAUCUCCCAAGAGAGCGUCUCACCUCAGAAUGAGUCGAUGGAGGAUACCGAAACCGUUUUCUUGGAUAAGAGCGUAUCGACCCCGAGUCACGGAUCAGAUAUUUCCAGCCAACCACUUAGUCAAUCAUCGAAACCCUCUCAUUCCUCAGAUGGAGAUGAGCCGCGUAAAUGCUGGAUUUGCUAUACAGAUGAAACAGAGGAUUCGCCACUGAAUCAAGAAUGGCGGUCGCCUUGCCCUUGUGCCCUAACAGCCCACGAGGCAUGUCUGCUCGACUGGCUUGCCGACAUGGAAAAUCCUCGAUCACGCAAAAGCACCGCUGGUGGCGUAACAAUGAUGUGCCCUCAGUGCAAGACCGAAAUUGUGGUCACUCGCCCACGGAGCUAUGUAGUCGAUAUGAUGCGACUGGCCGAGCGCGUCGCAGGCCGAUUAGUUCUUCCUGGCAUGAUGUUUACAGUGGCCGGAACUGUGUGGGCCGGGUGCUGCGCGCAUGGAGUUUACUCAAUGUACCUCAUUUUUGGAACUGAGGAAGCCAAACACAUCAUGGAGGAGACUAUGGAGGGCCCAUGGAAUCCCGGGAUGAAUAUCGGCUUGCCGCUUAUCCCGCUCGUCUUGAUAUUUUCGCGAACUCGGUAUGCCGAAGGCCUUCUUCCCGCUAUACCGGUUCUUUUCUUCGCCGCACAUAACCCGGGGCAGGAACCCGACUUCGACUUGUGGCCACCCACACCGGCUAUGACGUUUGCCGCCCUGCCAUACGUCAAAAGCUUUUAUGGAGCGAUUUACGAACGGCUGUUUGGUGGCCUGGAACGGAAAUGGAUUGCCGAAGUACAGCCCCGCGCGGCGGAAGAGAUAUUGGAUGAUGCGCAGCAACAAGAUCAAGCUGAGGGUCUCAAUCGGUUCGGUGAUAAUGGGAACGGACAGAUUCUGAUGGAGAUCGAUCUUGAGCUGCAAAUGGGAAUCGGCGAAGACGAGCCGGACCUUGAGGCCAUUCCCGGGCAAGAGGAAGGUGCCGAGGGCGGAGCACAAGAUGCUGCCCAAAACAACAACCCACUAGGGCUUGGGCGACGACAGAACGAGAUCAUUGCCGAUACCAGCAAUCUUGCUGAUAUCGUACUCGGGGCACUCGUAUUCCCAGCAAUCUCAGCGUCAAUGGGUGGCCUGUUGAAGUGUCUUCUGCCCAAGUCAUGGACAUCCUCAGUUAUGGAUCGUGGCCGUUUGGGGCUACUUCAGACCCGCUGGGGUCGCAGUGUUGUUGGCGGGUGCAUGUUCGUUCUGUUGAAGGAUGCACUGGUUCUUUAUUGCCGGUGGAAGCUAGCCCAAACACACCGUCGCCGCAAGGUCUUGAAUUACGAUCGAGCUAAGAAACGUCACGCCACAAAACGGUCCACUGGAUAG